AUGACGGUGCUGCACCUGGUUGCAGGGCGAGAAGAGGCCAAGAAAUUCUCCAAGAGCAUGGGCUUGGGGAACAUGAAGCGCUGGCUGAGUGGCGGGCGCACCAAGUCCAAAUCCAACGCCUACUCGGCUGGCAGGUUGACGCCAGCAACGACGCGGCAGGCGGACUCGCUCCCUCCGGUGUGA